AAAUAUGAUCAUGUUCGUAAAUAGAAACCAUUGACCUAAGCACGGUUAUGGUAAGAACAUACAAAGAUGAAAUCUUUGAUAAGUUAAUUUGAUUUCAUAUGCAAGAAUCCAGUUGGGUAAAUCAAACUGUAAAUAAUCACACUGAUAAAACUAAGAGAAAAAAAAUAAAGAAUUACUGCUAUAGGGCCUACAAUUAAAUGCUAUAAAUUCAUAAUUAUUAACUGAUUCUUCAGCUUCUCUCUCAUUUCAGACAAAACUCUCAGUUCCUCUCUCUAGAUUUCAGUAAAACAAUGGAGUUUGGAAGAAAGCAAAGAUCUUGUCAUGUUGUUAUUGCCAUGUUUAUGUUAUGUUUAUGUCUGGCAAACUGUAGCAAACUGAAGCAGAUCAGAAAACAGAAGAAGAGUACGUGUGAUGUUUAUCAAGGAAGUUGGGUAUACGACGAGUCGUUUCCUCUGUAUAAUUCAUCAGCCUGCCCUUUCAUUCGCCAGGAGUUUGAUUGUUUCAAGUAUGGCCGGCCUGAUCAUCUUUACCUUGAGUAUAGAUGGCAGCCCACUGAAUGUGACCUGCCAAGGUUCGAUGGCCAAGAUUUUCUGAGGAAACUAAAAGGCAAAAAAAUAAUGUUUAUAGGAGACUCGGUGAGUCUGAACCAAUACGAGUCAUUAUUAUGCUUGCUUCAUGCGGCUGUUCCUAAUUCCAAUAUUAGGCAGGACAAAAAUGCCACUUUUCCUACAGUCAUUUUUGAGGACUAUGAUGUAUCAAUAAUGCUAUUUCAUACUCUUUUACUAGUUGACGUCGAACAAGAACUCGUUGGUCGAGUUCUAAAGCUCGAUUCUCUCAAGAAUGGCGAAAUUUGGAAAGAUAUGGAUGUUCUUGUUUUCAACACUUGGCUAUGGUGGUACCGUAGAGGACCUAAGCAACCAUGGGAUUAUGUCGAAGAUGGUGAGAACAUUCUGAAAGACAUUGAUCGUAUGGAUGCAUUUCGUAAAGCUUUAACAACGUGGGCGAAAUGGGUCGAUUCUGAUGUGGACACAAGUAAAACCCGAGUCAUUUUUCAAGGAAUUUCUCCUUCACAUUAUAAUGGGAGCGAAUGGAAUAAGCCAGGAGUGACCAAUUGUUCAAACGAGACGCAACCAAUUAGCGGAUCGAGUUAUUCGAGAGGUUCACCACUGGCAUUAUCAGUAUUGGAAGAUGUAUUAAGCAGGAUCAAGAAACCGGUUCAUUUGCUGAAUAUAACAACUCUGUCUCAGCUUAGGAAAGAUGCACACCCAGGUCCUUUUAACGGGCUUAAGGGCAUGGACUGCACUCAUUGGUGCAUUGCAGGACUUCCAGAUACUUGGAAUAAUCUUCUCUAUUCAUUUCUUACAACAUAGAAUUCAGAUUACUGAUACUUACACCAAAAUUUAGCCAUUGCGGGAAAAAAAUCGAAAAAAGUUACAUUAUUAGUAAAUAUUUGAUUUGAUUUUUAGAGAUAUAUUUUAUUUUUGAGAGUUAUUUGUAACCUUCUAAAUAUUCCUAAUUACAAGAAUAAAAAGAAUAUUUUUUAUGUGAA